GGCUGGCUGUUCAACUCAGUGGCCCUGGAACCUGAGCUCCAUUUCGCCACUCUGUUCCAUCUGAUCCUGUCUACACCAGAGUCUGAUGGAAGUCUUUCUGGGUGCUGAGGCUGUGUGAACAUAUAGAGACACAAGCAUGACCUGAGUGAAUCGGCUGAUGGCCAUCUUGCCAUUGGUGAUUGGCGCACUCUGAUCUUUAGACUUUAGAAUCAGUCUUUAAGUCAUUAACAAAUUUCCUAUGACUGAGGAAUUGUUUGUAUCACCAUGGCAUCAGCCUGGAUAACAAUGUUUGCCACGCUGCUGCUGGCAUUUGUGAACGGAACGAAAGAUGAGGUUCACACGUCUCCAUCUGUGCGGGUACACACUUCCACCCCUGUGGUGGCCUUGGGGUCACCGGUGACUGCCUCUUGCAUCAUCAGAGAUGACUGCCCACUCAUAAAGGGGGCAGUCUGGCACCUCAACCACAUUGUCUGGCACCUCAAYCAACGCCUUAUUCCCAGCAGUCCUGCAGCAGSCAAUGAGAGUGGUAGACCCUCUGCAGCGGCCAAUGAAAGUGKCUGGAUCUCCACCGUUUUAUAUUCGGUGGCCAAUCAGAGUGGCUGGAACUCAACAGUGUUCAUACCUAGCUUCACGGACACCAAGGGAUAUCUCACGUGCUGUGUCCUCCACACCUUCCCGUGCCAGAUCGUAGGAGCAGUGGAGAUAAGAGCUGGAUUUCCACCCCAAGCACCACAGAACCUUAGCUGCCUGACUAACCUGACCAAACCGGAAACCCUCUCAUGCCAAUGGGACCCAGGACAGGACACCCACCUGCCCACACAGUACACUCUCUACACUGAGAUCAGGGACUUACCAGAGAGCAACACGUACAUGCUGCCGCCAGGGGUACAUCACUACAAGAUACCACGGACCGGCUUUGUUCUCUUCUCAGAGAUAGAAAUAUAUGUCAAGGCGGUGAACGCCUUGGGUCAAGCCACCUCAACACCUUUGCUUCUGGAGCCGAUGGAGUCAGCCAAGUUUGACCCUCCAAAAGUUCUGAAGGUCCAAGCAGAGACAAACAGGUAUGGCUGCCUAAGGCUCAGCUGGGGUCUCUCUGAACAGCAAGCGUGGGUGACCACUGUGACCUUGGAGGUGCGGCUGAAAACAGCAAACAGCAAGCAGUGGAGUGAAGAACCAGUCCCAGUGCAACGCUUGAUACGCCAGAGACCCAUGGAGGUGUGUCGCCUGCUCCACGGGACAGAGUACCACAUCCAGAUACGGGUCAGGUAUCACCAGAGUCCAUGGAGCGAAUGGAGUAACAGCWAUACUGCAGUCACGCUUGAGAGGGCUCCCACUGGACGACUCGACUCUUGGAUGAAGGUAUCUAGGGAGCAGAGUCAAAAGUCUCUCAGUGUACACUUGUUUUGGAAGCCAUCGAAGCAGUUCCGUGCCAAUGGCAAGAUCCUKUCCUAUGUUGUCUCGCGCCAGAGACAACCCACGAAAAAGGGACAGUUGUGCGUCACAUUGGAUAGCCACUGUGUUUUCCAGCUUCCUAAGGGCGCAAGGAAAGUGUUCCUCAGCGCUGGGAACGCUGCAGGGACAUCCAGCCCUACGGAGGUGGAAGUGUUUCAACACAGGGGUCUGGCAGCAGUCUCUGACGUCACUGUCCUUCCUCAUGAUGAGAGCUCUCUACUGGUCCAGUGGACAAGCAUACAUUCAUCCAGUGUCACAGGCUAUGUGGUGGAGUGGAGGCCAUUGUGGAAAAUGGACCCUGCCCUCGUCUUGUUUGACCACAUUGACAGGAAUCAAUCCAGCACUCUAAUAUCAGAGAGCAUCGAGCCAUACAAUCCCUAUGGGAUCUCUGUGUAUCCUAGGUAUAAGGACGGGAUUGGCCUUCCUCAGACCGUCGAGGCGUACUCUAGACAAAAGGCCCCAUCUGCCGCCCCAAAUCUGAGGGUGAGGGAGACGUUGCAUUCUCGUAUUGAGCUUACCUGGGAGGAGAUUCCACUAUGCCAGAGGAAUGGGAUCGUGCAGAGCUACCAGAUCUUCUACUGGGAUGAGCAGGGAAACACCAAAGUUGUGACUGCUGAGCUGGAAAACAGGAGGGUGGUUCUACGAGAGCUYGACCGUUCAUCCUCAUACAAAGCCUUUAUUAUGGUUAGCACAGGUGGCGGGAGUCUGAACGGAUCAGAGGUUACACUCAAAACUGAACCAAUAGAUGCCUUUGCUAUCAUCUUGAUAGUUAUUUCCUCUAGUGGUGGGCUGUCAUUGCUCAUCAUUAUCUCAGUUCUGGUCUGCUUCUCAACACAUGAACGGUUGAAGAUGUGCUUUUGGCCCAAGAUCCCCGACCCUGCCAACAGCAGCAUCAAGAGGUGGACCACAUUGGAGUCAAUGCAGGAUAUUCCCCCUGUUGAGGACAUGCAGGAAUCCAGCCUGGUCUAUCUCUCCCAUCUCAGCCUCCUGGACCUGCCCAAGAAGGGUCUCGAGAAGAGGGGUGGCGAGAUCACCGAUGACCCCUGGUGCCGCUGCAGUGACACCAGUGACCCGGGUGAGUCCAUAUGUGGCUCCCCCCAUGACCUCAGCCCUAGCUACAUAGGGUCACACCAACACUCUGUUCCGUAUGCCACUGUGGUCUUUGAUAGCCCAUACUCAAUUCAGCCACCAAGCCAAUCCCAUGCCUACAUGCGCUCAGAGUCCACACAGCCACUCCUGGAGGAGGAGCUCGAGGAGCCCUCUAGCCCAAAGGACUACCAGAAUGUUCCCGUCCGUGGGACAUCUGGGGAGCAAGUUUCCUUUAGAGAAUGCCUGAAUGACGGCCCAGGAAGGGGAGAGAUAUGCAUUCUUUGGGAUGACUUUCCCUUGCUUAGGGCUUUGGAAAUGAAUGAUGUUCAAAGUGAAUAAUCAGUGGUAUUGAGAUUUUGAAAUGUAUGCAAGAUAUGUGAGAUGUAUGUCACAGAAUGGCAGAUACAUGUUCAACACCAAUGAUGUUUUCAAGACAGGGACAACAUGAUUGCCCAGUUUGUGAAUGUUAGUGCUACAAAAAAGUGCAUUGAAAAAUAGUAAUUAAUGAAGUUUAUAUGUGUUCAUGUUGAUCAAUAUUUUGUCUCUUCUGGUCUGAUGUAAAGCAUAAAAUAAAUGUCUGAUCAAUACAUACAA